AUAGAAAAUUCCCAAUUUCUAAAAUUGCUGCAAUAUUCAAUCACAAACAAAAACCCUAACCCGAGCAAUCAGAAGCAUAGAAAAAUGACGCAGAAGGCGAAUCUCUUCAAAGGUAAAGUAAAGAAGAAAUCAAUUCCUCCCAAUCGUCAUGGGAAAGCCCCUGUUACUCGCAAAGGAAAGAGAUUCGUGAAGCCAUCCAAGGUUACCAAGGAUAUGGACACUGAUCGUGAGGUGAGCAAGUUCAUUAAUCACUGCAAUGAGAUUAAAGCAGCGACUCUGGCUACGAAGGAUGGUGGCCAACUGGGCAUCAUUAAGCCACCAGAGUCAGCAAGUGGUGCAAAUAAAUAGUUGAUGAUGUGAGGAAUAGGGAUGGUUACGGUAGCUAAAUUAUAUUAUGAUGGUGCGUUGUGUUAGAGCCAUUGUUGUAAAUUGUAAAAGCAAUUUUGAUAACCCCGUUUUUCUUUUCCUUGCUAUAGUGUUUUGGUGGGUGUGCAUUGGUUUGAAUUGCUCAUCUUCUUUCCAUUGGAUAUUGGGAUACUCAAUUUUGAUCUGUAGUUGUCAUACCCUAUUUCUGAAGAAUAUAGCAAGUGCACUUUU